AUGCGCAGCCUGCGCGUCGAGUGCGACCGGCUCAUCUACAAGCACAUGCAGAGUGAGGACGCGCAACAAAUGCCCAACGCCGCCCCGCAAGCAGAAACCUCGUCGGCUUACAACACUGGCGGAGAGAGUUGUCGAUCGGCUACCGUAACCCCGGAUGGGUGUGUGCCGCUUCUUUUGCAUCAUCAACGGCAACAGGUUCAGCAGGCGAAUGUUCAGAAAUUUACACCGGCCAGAGAAGAUCCCCGUCGCGAAUGCUGUCCUCCAUCCCCUUCCCAUAUUCAAUCCACCGUCGAGAGGCGACAACGGAAUAUGACGAUGAGAAUUCCCCAUCCUCUACCAGUUCUAGUCGUAAACCGCGGCGGAUCGGUGGUUGGACAAUCCGAGAUGGCACUCGGCCCGAUCCCCACAACCCCUUCGGUCAUAUAUUCUACAACCAACACGGCUACGACCAUUCGAAAAGCGGUCCCCCCGCUCCCGACUACGCACCAAUCCUAUGCACGGGACAAGGUGCGCGCUGUGUCGCCGCAAAAGUUUAGAAUUCCGAAGUUAUCGAUCAUCCCAAGGGUAUCUCCGCCGAAGAGUUGUAACCCAAUUGAGAAACGACAAGGCCGUCUCCGUGUCCGAAACGAGGGCGGCACCCGGUUGUUCAUGUUCGAUCGGCCGAUCGAAGAAUUGGAGGGGUUGAGCGACGACGACGAUGAUGAUGAUCAACAACCUGAAGAGGGACCCUCUCAAAACGGCGCCAAUAUGGACAUCAAUGCGGAGGAAGCGGUGCCGCCGGUCGAAUUUAAGUGGAAGGUAAAAAGACGGUGUGACGGCACGCGAUAUGUCGUCAAGAGGCCAGUUCGGAAUCAGGUCCUCAAAAAGCGAGAAGCCCAGCUGAACAAGGAGAGAACCGGCAUCAGCACCGACGAUGAUGCCUUUAGUGGCGUUAAGUUGGGGCACUAUUUCUGCCGGGAAGACCGGAAGAAGCAGCUUGAGCACGAGCGGAUGCGGAAGAUACGGCAUGAGCAGCGAAUCAACCAGGCCAAGCUGGCCAAUACCGACAAAUUAAUUGUCGACAUGGCCUACCGUAAGAUGGCGCGACGCCAGGCUCCUCUUGACGCGUUCACCUCAACCCGAGAAUACCUCUCGCAGCGCCACGAGCAACAAGGACCCCCGCCACCAGCACCCAUUCUAGCCGUUACUACUGUA